GCGCUGGAGGGUGGCGCUGGGCGGAGGGAGAGGACGAGGCAGCCGCGCUGGUGAUGGCGAAGAGCCGGAGUCCCCGGGCAUCUGCGCGGAGAGGCUGCGGCCGGGCUCGGGCGGGCGCCGAGACGCGAGCCGUCCGCCCCAGGUGAGGGAGCUGCCAGUGACCUCCAGCCCUGUCCAAGGACUAUGCCCACACCCCCCUGCCCCUCUCAGCCAUGGAGAGUCCCAUGUUUGACACCAUUCUGGAGACGACCGACGGGGUGACCCCUGGCCCCAGCUGGACCCUGCCCUACCCUCUGGGCUUCCAGGUCUCACUGACCGGCUUUCUCAUGCUGGAAAUCGUGCUGGGAGUGAGCAGCAACCUGACCGUCCUGGUGCUGUACUGCCUGCAGGCGGGCCUGGUCGACUCGGUCAGCAACAUGGUGACCAUGAACUUGCACGUGCUGGACGUGCUCAUCUGCGUGGUGUGCGCCCCACUCACCAUGGUGGUGCUGCUCGUGCCGCCCGACCGGGCCACCACCCUGCUGUGCUGCUUCCACGAGGCCUGCAUCACCUUCAGCAGCGUGGCCACCGCCACCAACGUGCUGGUGAUCAGCCUGGACCGCUACGACAUCUCCGUGCGCCCCGCCCAGCGCGUGCUCACCCCGGGCCGGGCCGUCCUGCUCCUGGCCGGCGUCUGGGUGCUGUCCUUGGCGGUCUUCUUCGUGCCGUUCCUCGAGGGGGAGUUUGGCCACGCCAGCACGUGGCAAAACCGCACAGUGCUCUGCGUGGGCCCGGAGGAGUUCCACGCUGAGCUGGGCACCUCCUAUCACCUGGCGAUCCAGAUCCCCACUUUCUUCGCUGCGGUGGCCGUCAUGCUGGUGACUUACGCCAAGAUCCUGCAGGCUCUCAACAUCAGCAUCGGGAGCACCUUCAAGCGCAGCCAGCGCCGCAAGACCAAGAAAAGGAAGCGGCGGAAAUCGACAGAGCCAAGCAGCAGCGUGGCAGGUGGAGGGGAGGCCAAGCGGCGCUCUCAGCUGGUCCCCGCCCUCCCGACGCCACCUCCCAUAGGGGUGCAAGCUUCUGUCUCCGUGAUCAUUGCACUCCGGCGGGCAGUGAAGCGCCACCGUGACCGGAGGGAGCGCCAACGGCGAGUCUUCCGCAUGUCCUUGCUCAUCAUCUCCACAUUCCUCCUGUGCUGGGCACCCCUGUCCAUCGCCAACCUGAUCAUCCUGUGCCUCGGGCCCAGCCCCUUGCUGGGCAAGCUGCGCGUCUGCUUCCUGGCCAUGGCCUACGGCACCACCAUCUUCCACCCUCUCCUGUAUGCCUUCACACGCCAGAAGCUGCGCAACGUGCUGCGCAGCAAGCUGAAGAAGCGGGUGGUGUCGGCACUGCAGGUGGACCCUGCACCGGGGGGCACGGUCAUCCACAACUCCUGGGUGGAGCCGCCACGCAAAAGUUGCAAGGGCCGGCCACGGGGUAGCGACGGGGCCGAGCACUGCCUGACCGAGGCCACAAAGGAGUGAGGCGUAGGUGCGGUUGCCCUCAAAACGGCUGCCUAGCGUGAUGGGUGGGGGUCCGACUGCACUGCCUCACCCCAGCCGGUGAACAGUGAGUGCCAAACACUGGGACCACUGAGGAGCGAGGGGCAGGCACAGGGCUCGCACCAAGGUCACCGGGCAUCACGGAACCGGUGCUACCCCUCAGUUUGAAGCCACUGCGGAGAUGAGCAGGGGCGAGCGAUGUCGUACCGACCGGUGAGGGCCAGCCAUCAACUCCUCACUGAAACCGCAAUCGUUUCCAUGCCGGGUGCGAUACUGAUCCCCCACAAAGUCCCCUGUCCCCAAAGGAUGAGACCUUCCAGUCGCCGAUGCCAAAACCGAUCAGAGGUGGAAGAUGAAAGCUGAGGCCUGCCGUUCCAGGGCACUGGCCAAUUCCCCACACUCAGACCCACAAGUAUUGCCUCUUCCGUUUAAUGUUUAUAUUGUGCCAAGAAUUGUGCUUGAGUAGCCAAUCACAUGUGCUCCCUUAUAUAUAGGACUGCCAAGCCUAAAUAGUAAGUGAGCAAGUGCCCCAUGUGACCCAAGCAGCUAACAUCCCUCCCUGUAGUGCCUGCCAAGCACAGGAAGGCCUGCACAAGUUCCCUUCUGCGGGAAGAAGAGAAGGCCUGGGACGCAUUGGUGGGGGAAACCCAGCCUUUGGGAAGGGCCGAGGUUAGCCUGAGCCUCAUGUGGGUCUCUUCCCCACUACACUGCUGUGUGUCCUGUCCCCGAAACCCCCCAGAGCAGGGCGUUGUGCAGUGUUCUGGCCCAAAUGUGCCAGGUCCUGCCAUCUCCAGAUACCACUAAGGCUUUUCACAGAGAGCAGGUAUUCCAGUGACCCAAGUUGGGGCUUGUGUCCCAUGACUUUCUGCAAAAACCUCUGGUAGGCUGUGUCCCCACACUCCGCACUUCCAUAGUGGGACCAGUUUCCUAACAUCCUGCUCAAAAAAGCCUUGGUGCAGAGAUGCUAUUUUCCCCUCCUCUCAUCCAUCAUCGGUGGCCGCUGGCUCCCCAUGUCGGAUCCUGGGUCUGGCCAUUUUACUGGCUCCGAAAAUUUUCAACCGUUCCAAAUGGUAGCAGCUCCAGGAACGAGAAAUGGACCACUCAGGGGGACAGGGGCCGUUGCCAAAGGCAGACGUGCCCUGGCUCUGGCUGCGUCGCAUCCGGUAAUCUGUGGCCUCAAGGGCUCCUCUGACAGAACUGUCCCAGGGCACUUGCUUCCUGAGGCAAGGCGGCCACCCCUGCCCACCCCACACAGGGCAUCCGCUGGCCUGGCAGCUGCGUCUGGGGGCCACAGGCUCGUGCAGGAGACGCGAGGGGCACAGUAAGGCGCUGAUGCCCUACCCUGCCCCGGUGGCUGCUGCCUGCAGUGGUUGCCUCACUCUGCCUAAUGGUGGACUCAGCUCUGGAUGGGCCAUGACCAGAUGGGCAGAAGGGAAGAACUAGGCCCAGAGUUUCGUACCAGCACUUUGCGGGCUCUUUGGCCUGUGAGCUCUUAGCAGAUGGCGCUGGUGGCUCCAAUGUCUGUGGAGCAGAGUCACAAUCCAGGUUCCAAUCUGGGCUAUUAAGGAGCUACCCAUGGUACUGAGCCUGGUUUUGGGCUAGGGUUCAGCACCUUUCAAAUUCCGACUGAAAUCCAGAGUGGAUGCACCGCCCUGCUUGAUUUUGGAUCCGCCCGGCUCCAUUGGCCCCUGGGAAUAGCUUGAUCCCAGAAGGCAGGGUGUGCAGUUUCAAUUUCAGAGACAGUCUUGGGGUCAAACAAAAUGAUUGGCAGUUGGGUACAGUGGCUGAAGUUAGGGGGAGGAGGUGUGGCAGGUGUGGGACCCCAGGUGGGCCAGUUUUAGUCUGUGGGUCUGAGGUUUGCUAGCCCUGCUCUCAGCAGAGGGAAUGUGCAGGUUCCUUCUCACUCUCCAGGGCUGCCACAAACCCCCAGCAGAGACAAGCUGCAGUCCUAAAUACAGCAGGGAAUAUGUCCCACUUAAUGUACUUCUUACCACCUCUGAGUAGACAUAAAUAGGAUUGCACUGUCAGGCACAUAAAAAAUACGCAGCACUGCCAAAGAACCUAAGACAUGCGUACAGACAUACCAAACCAUCCAAACCACAAGAGAGUGUUUCCCAGCUGAUAUACUGUGGGUAGUCAGGGGAAAGGAGAAGAAAGCACUCAAAGUGGCUCAGCAGCUACAAAUAUGCCCCUACUGCUUUCUGGGCACCUGAAAAAGACUGAAUUGCUGCCCCUGGGUGCCAUCUCUCCCUCACGGUUUUGUAGAAGAGAUGCUCGGGCCCCUGGCUCUUGAGCAGCCAAGGGUGAGAGAGGCAGACAGUGGUCUUAAGAGUGCAGAAUCUCUCUGAGUAGAUGAAUCUCUGGGAAAACCGCUCUCACGGUCCUGCAUUGUUGUUCCUUUGCUUUGAGCUUCCUAAAAAUUGACCCUAGACCUGUUUCUUACAUGGACAGACAGACUUCCACUAUACACAGAGCCAUACAGAAAUUCACACCAAUGGGCUGCUGCCUGCUCAUCCCUCACAAAUUUGCUUCCUUUAUCGACACUGAAUGCAUCUAUAGAUAUCAAUAAAGGCCUGAAUAUGUCUGAAGUAA